UUCGUUGAGAUUCUCGGAACGGAGGAGAAAUCGGAGAGGUCUGGGUCGACUCAAGUCAUCCCACAAUCAUCUUCUCCGUUCUUUUCUCUGAUAUUCGGCCAUGGCGUUUUCCGACAACUCUCGUCAAUCUCUCAUCCCUAAUUUCCUCUACACUUCUUCUGCUUCGCCUAGCAGCCUACUCAUGGGCAACACUUCAAACCCUACCUUGUUUCCUUCUACAUCACCCGCCAAACAGAACAACAACUUUGUGAUUCCUGCUCCCAACGAGCCUCUAGGCAAGAUCGAGAUGUACUCUCCUCGAUUCUACGCUGCUUGUACUGUUGGAGGUAUUCUCAGCUGUGGUCUCACGCACAUGACCGUUACUCCUCUUGAUCUUGUGAAAUGUAACAUGCAGAUCGAUCCAGUUAAAUACAAGAGCAUAUCGUCUGGUUUUGGGGUAUUGCUGAAGGAACAAGGUGUAAGGGGGUUCUUCAGGGGAUGGGUCCCUACCCUACUUGGGUACAGUGCCCAGGGCGCCUGCAAGUUUGGGUUCUAUGAAUUCUUCAAGAAAUACUACUCCGACAUUGCUGGACCAGAGUAUGCAACCAAAUACAAGACCCUGAUCUACCUUGCUGGUUCAGCCUCUGCAGAAAUCAUUGCUGACGUGGCCCUUUGCCCCAUGGAAGCAGUGAAGGUCCGUGUCCAAACACAACCUGGUUUUGCCAGAGGUUUGAGUGAUGGGCUUCCAAAAUUCGUGAGAUCUGAUGGUGUACUUGGGUUGUACAAGGGAUUGGUUCCACUUUGGGGACGCCAAAUACCAUAUACAAUGAUGAAGUUUGCUUCGUUUGAGACAAUUGUGGAGAUGAUGUACAAGUAUGCGAUUCCUACACCAAAGAACGAGUGCAGCAAAUCCCUUCAACUUGGAGUUAGUUUUGCUGGUGGAUAUGUGGCUGGUGUUUUGUGUGCUAUUGUGUCUCAUCCUGCUGACAAUCUUGUCUCCUUCCUUAACAAUGCCAAGGGAGCAAGUGUUGGAGAUGCUGUGAAGAAGCUUGGAGUUUUGGGUUUGUUCACCCGAGGGCUUCCUCUACGUAUAGUGAUGAUUGGAACUCUGACUGGUGCCCAAUGGGGAAUUUAUGAUGCUUUUAAAGUGUUUGUUGGCCUGCCAACAACAGGUGGUGCUGCACCAGUUGCUAUUGAGGCUGCCAAGGAAUAGAAGUUUACUGGGAAGCCUGAGAAUUGCGUUUCUUUAUUUUAAAUGAGUCAAUAAACAAUAGGAUAUAUUAUUCUACUACUUCCUUGAUGGCAUUGGCAGGCACCACAGUAGAUUUGGAGAGUAAUCUCUUGUUUUUUUGUUCGGGACACUAGAAUGUGGUGCCCGUUUCAACUUUAAUUGUUGUUAUUUUAUUUCUGACUUUUUUUUUGGGUAACAUUGAGGAUUGGGUUGUGUAGUUCUCUGCUUCAUGAGUUGAGAAGUUUUUGUUAUGAUGAAAAGACACAGGAUUGGAGAAUGAAUAAUGGGUGGACAAUAUACAUUUGGAGAAGUUUUUGUUCA